AUGGAAAGAAAGCAUCAAGUCGGCAGGAAGAAUGGCAGCUGGAAUUGUCUUCUUCUUCUCAUGAUCCUACUUAUCUUCACUGUGGUGUGCAUCAACCUAGUGCUCUAUGUGUACCUGGAGCAUGUCUACGUGUCAACUGGAUUCAGUCACGGGGAUCCCAAUGUCUGUCCUCAAGGGUACUUCAAGAUCGGAGCAAUGAAGAACUGCUCUCCUUGGUUGACCUGUGAGGCCCUUGAAAAGGAGGUCCGCAAGUUAAAACUUGUUGGAGAAGGAGCAGUAAAAAAGGUAUACCUGUCUGAAUGGAAAGAAAUGAAGGUAGCUCUGUCCCAGCUAACAGUUCCGUCUCUGCAAGCUGAUUUUCUUCAUGGUUUGCGAAUGCUAAAGUCCCUACAGAGCAGACAUGUAGUUACACUUGUGGGUUACUGUGAGGAUAAUAGUAUAUUAACAGAGUAUCAUCCAUUGGGAUCCCUAAAAAAUUUGGAUGCUACCUUUAACCUCCCAAAAUACCAGUACCUAAAUACCUGGCAAAAUCGUCUGGAACUUGCCAUAGACUACGUGAGUAUAAUCUGUUACCUUCAUAGUAGUCCUCUUGGUGUACUGGUCAUGUGUGAUUCCAAUGACUUGGACAAGGUGCUCUCUCAGUACCUGCUAACAAGUGACUUUCACCUAGUGGCAAAUGAUUUAGAUGCCUUACCUUUAGUGGAUAGAGAGAAUGGAAGGUUGGUCAAGUGUGGCCCAAGAGAAAUUACUGGGGAUUUUGUUGCUCCUGAACAGCUUUGGCCUUAUGGACUAGAUGUUGAGUUCAAUGAUGACCUAAUGCCACCGUACGAUGAGAAGACUGACAUCUGGAAGAUUCCAGCAGUGACUGAUUAUCUCUUGGGUCAUGUUGAGGGAAGUGACAUUGUCCGGUUCCAUCUGUUUGACAUUCACACAGAGUGUAAGAAAGAGAACCCAGCUAUGAGACCUUCUGCUCAGACCAUACUGGAUACUUAUAGGAGAGUCCUGGCUUUGCUUCUGAAGGAGCUGUCAAAUUCAAAAGAAAUGUUAUAA